AUGACUGGAUAUCAACUCAGGGAGCAGGAUAGAUGGCUACCGAUAGCCAACGUGGCUCGAUUAAUGAAGAACACUUUACCUGCUACAGCCAAAGUUUCUAAAGGUGCAAAGGAGUGUAUGCAGGAGUGCGUCAGCGAGUUUAUUUCCUUUAUAACAAGUGAGGCCAGCGACAAGUGUCUCUUGGAGAAAAGGAAGACAAUCAAUGGUGAGGAUAUUCUUUAUUCUAUGAACAUAUUGGGAUUUGAGAAUUAUAGUGAAGUAUUGAAGAUCUACUUGGCUAAAUACAGGCAACAACAGGCGUUAAAGCAAGAGCGUGGAGAGCCACGAAAGAAGAAGAGCAAGUCAAAGAAGAAGACAGAUGAGGGUGGUGGAGUGAAGGAGGAAGUUGAUGAGAUUCAGAGUGAUAAUGAGACCCACGAUACAGCAGAGAGUGAUGACGUUAAACAUGGCGAGAGUGAAAAGGAAGAGGAGCAGGAAGAUGUUGCGAAAGACGGUACUACUACAUCUAUAGAUGCUAUUGACACGACUCGGACUGAUGGUCAGCAGGACUCGCCAGCUCCUCCUGAGUCAAAAAAUAGAUAUGUGGACCAGCUAUAUGAGCAAAGUUAUGGAGAUGGACAGUAUGCACAUAACCCAAACUAUCAUAACGCAAGCUACGGUGGCGGAGUCGAUAUGGCCCGAGUUUCACUGGAUCCAACGCGGGUGUCACACUUAGAGACGAAGGAUGAAGCCUCUGAUGAUUCAGCGGCACCUCGUGCAGCAGUUACUGAAUCAUCGAGUAGUUCCUCUACCCCGACUGGAAAUAAUGGAAUGGAUAAUAUAGCAGGUUACGUGGAUAGCAACAAUGAAAGUGAGCAACAGCCCUUGGUAGCAGCAUCCAAGAUGAAGACUACAACUACGGCGACGUCAGCGGACGCAGAAUUGUCACUAAACUUGAACGAUAAUGUAGCUACGGCGGUUAGCGAGACAGAAGAAUUGGCAGGUCUGACGAACGGACACCACGGGGAAAAUGUGUUGUAUAGCUAUGCUUCUAUCAAAGCUGCCUGUGAAUUGUUAUCCACUGGUUUGAUGGAUUAUUACUGGGGAAGUCAAUAUGGAGGAGAUAUUGGUAUGUUCACACAUCCAUAUUAUUGGUGGGAAGCCGGUGGAGCUUUUGGUUCAAUGAUCGACUACUCGGUUUUUUUUGAAAAUGAUACUUGGGUUACAACAAUAAUCGAUGGCAUGAUAUACCAAACCGGUACAGACGACAACUAUAUGCCUCUAAAUCAGACGACUACAGAGGGUAACGAUGAUCAGGUGUUCUGGGGUAUUUCUGCAAUGGAGGCUGCUGAAAGAAACUUUACUAAUCCUUCCGGUAACAAGCCGCAAUGGUUAUAUCUCGCACAGGGAGUGUUCAACACUAUGGCAUGGCGUUGGGAUACGAGCUCCUGUGGAGGAGGGCUUCGAUGGCAGAUUUUCGAGUGGAAUUCUGGUUAUGACUACAAAAAUACGGUUAGUAAUGCUGGAUUAUUCCAUAUGGCUGCGCGUCUUGCACGGUAUACGGACAACUCGUCUUAUUCUGAUUGGGCAGAAAAAGUCUACGAUUGGUUGUUGGAUGUCGACUUUAUUAGCGAGAACGAUGCCAGUGGCUACUACCUUGCCUACGAUGGUGCAUCGACGGAUGAGAAUUGUACAAAUGUGAAGUCAUACCAGUGGAGUUAUAACGCGGGUCUUAUGGUGGCUGGUUGUGCCUAUAUGUACAACUAUACGGAAAAUGGCACGUGGUUGCAGCGUGCAGAAGGCUUUGUUACUGGUGCCACUGUGUUCUUCAAUUCUUCUACCGAUAUUAUGUACGAAGCUGCCUGUCAGGGGGCGGGCUCGUGCAAUAAUGAUCAGAGAUCUUUCAAGGCAUAUCUAGCCCGUUUCUUGUCUGUGACAAGUAUUUUAGUGCCAAGCACUUACGAUGAUAUUAGCUCUUUGCUUACUACUUCAGCAAAGGCAGCGGCCCUUUCAUGUUCCGGUGGUACCGAUGGUCAUACUUGCGGUAUGAACUGGUUUGAGGAUGGAUGGGAUGGAAUGUAUGGUCUUGGAGAGCAGAUGGCCGCUCUUGAGACUAUUCAGAGUCUUGUGGCUAAGGACAGACCUGCUCCUUACACUUCAAAGAAUGGAGGAUCAUCGACGGGAGCAGGAGAUGCAGGUAUGGGAAGUACAGAAGUUCUUGACAAACCGUUGAACUUGAAAACAGCAGAUACAGUAGGAGCAGCUAUCAUUACUGUCGUUCUUGGGUUAUCGGUGAUAGCAUUAGGGUACUAUGUUAUAGUAAAAUAA